AUGUCAGAGUUAAGAAGAAUGUUUGUUCAGAUGAAACCACUUUUGGGAGCAUUAUCUCCUGUGUUGUUAAAAGGAAAAGUGAAAGACAAAUAUUUAACAAAAAAGAAACGUAACAAGCCAACAAAUAUGGAUUAUCAAUGCAUCGUCAUCUAUACAAUCGCUCACAUUGCUCCAUUUUAUCCAAAUUUAAAUUCCCCAUCGUCAAGUAAACAUGAACAAUCGAAGUCAUCGAACGGUUGUUUGAAUUGGAUAAAGCUUCAAAUAAAAAGAAAAAAAGAAAGUCCAUUGAAGUGUAUGAAAAGCAAUCAACAGCUAAAACAUGACGAAGUUCAUGAGAAUCAUAUUUAA